AAAAAAUAUAUCAUCGAAUUUUUGUUUUCCUCAAUUUUUCGCAAUUUUUAAAUAGAAAUAAGUUUAAAUCAAAAUCAAAAUCAUUCAAAAUGAUGAACAAAGACGUUGAACUUACCCACAAACUAAGAAAAACUUCUGAAAAAAUAUCUGAAAACAUUCAUAUCGUCGCCAAUGAUCCUUCAUUGGCAUUCUUUCGGAUUCAAGAACAUGUCCGUAAAGUUCUUCCACCCAUCAUCGAGAAAAGAGCAGAAGUUAUUCAAUUGCAAAACGAUUUACAAGGUCAUUGCUAUGACAUGGAAUAUGCAGUGAGUGCUGUUGAAGGAAUCGAUAAGUCCGAUGCAAUAUUCAAGAAUAUCCAAGAUAUGCUGAAAACAUCGAUAUUCCUCAAACAACAACUCAAAUACGAGGAGACUAAAAGUCGAACCAAACGAGAAUCAAGUCAAAAUUCGGUUUACAAACGAUUUUCGGCUCACUUGACCUUAGAUCUGAACGAUUUGCCUGAUUUCUCGGGAGUCAUGAGAGAAACUACAAAUAGAGUUGAGAAUAUGAUGUCGAAUAGAUCGAGUGCUCCGGUGGACACUAAUCCCAUGGAACUACAAAGAUCUCACACCACGCUUCAUUGACGCGCUAUUGCGGCAUAGAAAUAAGAAGUGACAUAGUUAGUCGUUAAUAAUUUUAUUGAAUAUUUUAAGUUUCUUUGUUUUCCUUAUUUUUUAAGAAUAAAAAAGCCACUUGUUGAAAGUGGAAGUCGGAAUUUAGUUGA